AGAAUUAGCAAUCGCACGCACCCACCCCUAUCAACCAAACCCUAGCCGAAGAAAUGGAUUGAUAAUUCGAAUUCUCGCCGAAUUUUCUCACUUUCCCAUCCAUUUUCCCUUGAAUCAAUCGGUUUUUCUGCCAUGGAAGAUACUCAAUCAGUUGCUAUGCUCAUGGAGUCAACUACCUCUAAGAUACAGCAGCUUCAGAAGGCAUUUGCUGAACUUGAAAGUCAUCGUGCUAUAACACUCAACUUGAAAUGGAAAGAGCUGGAGGAACAUUUCCAUGGGCUCGAGAAGUCUUUGAAACGACGGUUUCAUGAGUUGGAAGACCAAGAAAAGGAGUUUGAGAGCAAAACUAGGUUAGCCCAACAGUUGCUGGAGAAGCGGCAAGCAGCAGUUAUGGCCAAAGAACAAGCUUCGCUGGAGAGGCUGCAGGAGAAGAGAGAUUCUGCUGCUUUUGCUAUUGCUAAUGCUUUAGAGAAGCACAGGAAAUUAUCCUCUGAGGAGCCUGUUGUUCAAAGUGACAGGGGAAAUGAAGCACCAGGAACUGAAGAGAAACCACCUUAUUCUGUGGCUUUUGAGGGUAACUCAGAGGACAUAAAGAACACUGUUGAGAGUGGAAAUUUGGAGGUAACUUAUCCUGAGUUGGUCAAGCUCUGUGAGGAGAUGGACUCUGAAGGGCUGCACAAAUUCAUAUCAGAUAAUCGUAAGAACCUUGCUGCCCUGAAGGAGGAAAUUCCUUAUGCAUUCAAAGCUGCAGCAAGCCCAGCCCUUUUGGUCUUGGAUUCUUUGAAAGGUUUUUACCACACUGAAGUGCCAAAUGCAGAUGGAAAGAAAGAUUCAAACCUACUUGGUCUCCGCAGGACUUGUAUCAUGUUGAUGGAGUGCCUUAGCUCUUUUCUAAGCAAUCUGGAUGUUGUCUCCAUGUCUGCUGUUAUCUCAGAAGAUAUUAAAGAGCAAGCAAAGGCAAUUGCCGAAGAAUGGAAACCAAAGUUGGAUGUUCUUGAUAUGGAUGCUAGUAAUGGGAACUCCUUGGAGGCUCAUGCAUUUCUGCAACUCCUGGCCACUUUUGGUAUUGCCUCUGAUUUCAAUGAGGAAGAAUUCUCCAGGCUGAUACCAAUGGUCUCCCGUCGUCGUCAAACAGCUGAUCUCUGCCGCUCUCUUGGUUUGUCUGAAAAAAUGCCAGGUGUAAUUGAAGUCUUGGUGAAUAAUGGUAGACAAAUUGAUGCAGUUAACUUGGCUUUUGCUUUUGAGCUUACAGAGCAGUUCUCUCCUGUUCCUUUACUGAAAUCCUACUUGAAGGAUGCCAGAAAAGUCUCUUCACCUAUCAAGCCAGGGAAUACCUCUCCUACUGCCCAGACUGAAGUAAAUGAGCGGGAACUGACUGCUCUCAAAGCUGUGAUCAAGUGCAUUGAGGAUCAUAACCUUGAGGAGCAGUACCCUGUGGAGCCACUCCAGAAGCAGGUUCUCGCCCUAGAGAAGGCCAAGGCAGACAAGAAAAGGGCAACUGAAGCUGCAAAGCCACAACCAAAGAGACCUCGUGCUAAUAGUGCAGGACAGGGUCCCCGGGUUACUAACGUAGCUGCUGACAUGACAUUCUAUCCUAGAGUCGCUGACAGGUAUCUGCAGUACGUGUAUGAGAGACCCUAUGUUUACCCUGCACCUGCUGACAACCAUGGACCCUCCCUUCUUCCACCUGCCACUUACAACUUCUCGCCCAGUCAUGGCAACUAUUUUGGAAACGGCUACCAGUACCAGGCCUCAUACAUUCACUAAUUACCCAAGAUGGCAAAAAGGUGACUGUGAUCCGCUCACUUUAGCUGUUAGCCUUAACCUAUGAGUUCCUUUACUUUUCAAUGUAUGAAUGGAUUUAGUAUUUAAAAAACCCAAAAAAAAAAAAAAAAAACUACUCUGUUAAUUUUAAUCUGUUGUAAAAGAUAGUUCCGUCUAAUAUAUGCACUCUGUUUUU